AUGCCAGGAAAGUCCACACUGCCCCUGCCCGAGCCUCGUACCUGCUGCGCCCACUGCCCAUUCUGUUGGCAACAGGCGGCGGGUAUGCAGGAUACCGGCAGUACGCGAAGUACAGGGAGCAAGAGCUGGAGAAGCUGGGAUUGGAGAUUCCACCCAAACUUGCUGGUCACUGGGAGGCUGCAGUUCCCCCAGCUGGCCCUGAGGCGGAGGCUGGGACAGCUGAGCUGUAUGUCCAGACCCACCCUGAAACUGCGCUCCUGGCCCCUCACCGUCCUCUACUACCUACUGCCCUUUGGCGCCCUUAGACCACUCAGCCGGGUGGGAUGGAGGCCCGUGAGCAGGGUGGCCCUGUACAAGUCUGUGCCGACGCGCCUGCUGUCACGGGCCUGGGGCCGCCUCAACCAGGUGGAGCUGCCUCACUGGCUGCGCAGGCCCGUCUACAGCCUGUACAUCUGGACGUUUGGAGUAAACAUGAAGGAGGCGGCCGUGGAGGACCUGCGUCACUAUCGCAACCUCAGUGAAUUCUUCCGGCGCAAGCUGAAGCCACAGGCCCGGCCUGUGUGUGGCCUGCACAGCGUGAUCAGCCCUUCAGAUGGGAAGAUCCUCAACUUUGGGCAGGUGAAGAACUGCGAGGUAGAGCAGGUGAAGGGGGUCACGUACUCCUUGGAGUCAUUCCUGGGCCCACGCAGCUCCUCAGAGGACCUGCCCUUCCCACCAGCUACCUCCUGCCAAUCCUUCAAGAGCCAGCUGGUCACCAGGGAAGGGAAUGAGCUCUACCACUGUGUCAUCUACCUGGCCCCUGGGGACUACCACUGUUUCCACUCUCCCACUGACUGGACUGUGUCCCACCGGCGCCACUUCCCAGGCUCCCUGAUGUCGGUGAACCCUGGCAUGGCCCGCUGGAUCAAGGAGCUCUUCUGUCACAACGAGCGGGUGGUUUUGACUGGGGACUGGAAACACGGCUUCUUCUCGCUGACUGCUGUGGGGGCCACCAACGUGGGCUCCAUCCGAAUCUACUUUGACCGGGACCUGCACACAAACAGCCCCAGGUAUAGCAAGGGCUCAUACAACGACUUCAGCUUCGUGACUCACGCCAACAAGGAGGGCAUCCCCAUGCGCAAGGGCGAGCACCUGGGCGAGUUCAACCUGGGCUCCACCAUCGUGCUCAUCUUCGAGGCCCCCAAGGACUUCAACUUUGAGCUGAAAGCAGGACAGAAAAUCCGCUUUGGGGAGGCUCUAGGCUCUCUCUAGAGCCCUGCCUUACUGUGUGCAGCUGCUGAGCAUUGGUUUCUAAGGGGAGAGGAAAGUGGGCAUUUUAUACGGGGGACCCCACAAGGCGUUCAGGUAAGGGGCUAUCUCAGGGUCGGGCAGGGUUUGGCCAGGGAGGACCAGCAUGACUGUUCCUACCUGCCUCAGAGAUGGGAACAAG